ACACCUAAAACUUCUCCAAUCCAAUCUCUAUAUUCUUCUCCUUGAAACAAUUAGAGAACCAGAAUCAUAAAAAACUAGAAAAAAAAUAAUAACAAAAAAAAUAAAAAGUAAAAAUAAAACUACAAUUCAAAAGUAGAAAUGAAUACAAAUUGAGAGGAGAUAAACAAGAAAAUAAAAAAAUGAUCUGCAUUCUCAUUUUCCUUUAUACCGACUCUAAAUUCUUGGAAUUAAUACUCUGGCAUCUGUGAUCUUUAUUUUCCUUUUAGAGUGAUGGCAUUUGAAGAAUUCGGGCAAUUAUCAAAACGUAGAAGAGAAGAACGAGCACAAAAGUCCAAAAAGAAAAUAUUAAUAGCCUUGUUAUGUACAAUUCUUUUUCUUCUUUGCAUAGUUGGUGGAGUUUUCUUGUUCUUACAUUUUACGAAUAAACAACAAAAUAAAAACGACAACAAUUAUAAUGGCGGUCCUCCACCGCCAUUAUUAUCUAAAGAAGAAACAACAAAAACUUCGAGUAAGAUCAUAGAAAUGUUAUGUGAUCCAACAGAUUAUAAGAAGAAAUGUGAAGAUACAUUAAGCAAAGUUGUUCAUGCUAAUGCUUCUAACCCUUCUAUUGCACCUAGAGCAAUUAUUAAGGCUGCUAUCUCUGCGGCUGCUCAUGAGGUUGUUAUGGCUAUUCGAAAAACUAACAAAUUUAAGUUUGAUAAGCCUCAGGAUAAGGCUGCUUAUCAAGUUUGUAAGAAAGUAUUUCAGGAUUCAAUAGACGAACUAGCGCAAUCAAUGGACCACGCGGGAAAAGAAUCAAAAAACUACCAUAAUAAGAUAAAUGACCUAAAAACAUGGUUAAGUGCAGUUUAUUCAUACCAAGAAACAUGUAUUGAUGCAUUUGAUAAAGGAGAAAUGAAGAACCAAAUUAAGAUUGCAGUAAAUUCUUCAAAACAAUUUAUUAGCAAUUCCCUUGCACUUGUAUCCCAAAUCUCUUCCAUUCUUGACAAUUUUAAUGCGGCUGAAGCUGCUUUAACGCCUACAAAGCGUCACCUUGCGGCUCGUACUGCUUCGUCAUCGCCUGUCGAUACGCUAGGGUUUCCUCCGUGGGUGGGUCGUCAACAACGCAUGCUUGUUGUAAAAUCAACCGCUCAAUUGGUGCCUGAUCUUGUUGUGGCUAAAGAUGGCACGGGAAAUUUUACGAGUAUUAAUGAUUGUUUGAGAUCUUUACCGGAGAAUCGUACCAAAAGAAUCAAUAUUUUUGUCAAAGAAGGAAUUUACAAUGAGUAUGUGACUGUGACUAAGAAAAUGGUGAAUAUAACCAUGUAUGGAGAUGGAUCACUAAAGACCGUGAUUUCCGGCAACAAAAACUUUGUAGAUGGAGUUCGAACUUUUGAAACUGCCACUUUUGCUGUGCUGGGAGAAGGAUUCAUGGGAAUCGCAUUAGGAUUUAGGAACACAGCAGGACCAGAAAAACACCAAGCAGUAGCCCUUCGAGUACAAGCAGAUAAAUCAAUCUUCUUAAACUGUCGUAUGGAAGGAUACCAAGAUACCCUUUACGCACAAGCACAUAGACAAUUCUAUCGAAGUUGUUACAUCACUGGUACAAUAGACUUUAUCUUUGGAGACGCAGCAGCGAUAUUCCAAAAUUGUUUACUUAUCGUAAGGAAACCGAUGGCAAAUCAACAGAACAUAGUAACAGCCCAAGGUCGAGGCGACAAAUACGAAACUACAGGGAUUGUACUGCAUAAUUGUCGAAUUUUUCCUGAUAAAGAACUUGAACCGGUUAAGCAAAAGUUCAAAACAUACCUAGGAAGACCUUGGAAGGAAUAUUCGAGAACGAUUGUUAUGGAAAGUAUGAUCGGAGAUUUUGUUGCGCCUGAGGGAUGGAUGCCAUGGCAAGGGAGUUUCGCUCUUAAGACAUUGUAUUAUGCUGAAUUUAACAAUCAUGGUCCUGGAGCAGAUACCUUUAAACGAGUUAAAUGGGUUGGUUAUAAGAGUUCGAUUAGUAGGCAAGAAGCACAAACUUAUACGGUCACACCAUUCUUACAGGGUACUAAUUGGAUUCCGCAAAAUCAGAAUGUGCAUGUUCAUUUUGGGUUGUACAAUUGAAAAACUCGAUCGC